CGUACUAAAGCCGCUUUGUGUGGCUGUUCUGUUGAAUGACAGCUGUGAGCGACGGAUAGGACGGUCAUCGGAUAUGUCAUAAGAAAUACGGAAAAGCAGCGAUGACGAUAAGCGGCAGGAAAUCCGAGUCGGAACGGCGGAGUCGGUUCGCAUGAUCGGGGAGAGAUUUGUGGAACUUGACGCAAUACGAGCAUCAUGUGCCCUGUACUCUUGGAGAACGAGGAACGUUGUCUGGGUGGCGUGACCUUCUUCGCGCAAAGCCACCCGGUGGAGGUGUGCGGUAGCAACGGGCUGCCGCUCACGCCGAACUCCAUAACCAUCUACGGGAAGGCGCAGUUCCUGAAGACCGUCUACCAUCCGCAUCUCUCCCCUUAUCUCGAUGUAAUUAGAAGCAAGCACGAGAGGAUCGUGGUCGUUGCAGAAUACAGCGGGGAUCCUUUGAGCACCAGACAUGACCUAAGUACAGAGGAGAUCGUCAAGAUAGCCUUUCAGAGUCUCUUGGCGCUGCAGCACAUGAACGAGCUGGAUCUGGUGCAUAGACACUUGAGUCCAGAUAACAUAUUGAUUAAGAAAAAUGGCGACGUCCAGUUAUACAAUUACGGAUUGUACUACAUGACAGAUGGAGGAAAGAACGUAUCUUUCCCAAUCGGCUCUCCAAAGUACACGGCACCGGAGGUAUUUCUCACUUCCGGCCCAAGUGGCGUUAAAAUAGAUUCCUGGUCUUUGGGGAUGAUCAUAGCGGAACAGCUGUUGGGGCAGCCCAUUUGGCCCGGUGUAAAACUGUCCCAGUGCUUGAGGAAAGUAUUGAGCUUAAUAUUGUGCAACACCAGCAUAUUCGAACGUCUUGCCAGGGAAAACAAUUGUUUCGACGCUUACGAAAAGUUGCCAAAGGAACUGAAGGAAUUCGUCGAUUCGUGUCUGCAAAUUUAUCCCAUCAGGCGCAAGACUCCGGAGGAAUUGCUGGAGCUGCCGAUAUUCGCCGAACACUUAACGCGAUGUACGCAGGAGAAGGAGGAAAAUCUCUAUAAAAAUGUUAUUGUUAGAAAGAUGGACGAGUUGUAUUAUCUGUGGCAAUUAGCCGGCGGUGAUAUUACUGUGGAACUAAAGAAGCAGAGUCUCAUUAGAUCAAGGCCACCUAUCUUAUCUAUUCCAAACUUAGUCAUACUACUGGGCCAAAUGUUCGGUCAGAGGGACACUGCUAGUCUACUCGACGUAAGAGUCGUAAAAGUUCCUAUGGAGACUCUUCGCCAGCGUUUAGCUCACAUCCCGUACAUAGCAAACUAUCCGUGGUUGACAAAUCAAAUGCGAGUUCAGGCACAGGAAGAUCUAACGAAUGCCGCGUCUCAGUUGCCAUUAAUCAUAAGGGAGCGUGACACGGAGUAUCAGUUUUACAGGCUUGUCCUGUUUGGUAGACUCUUGCAGGCUUACCCGCUCACUCAGGAGGCAAUUAUCGAGGAGGCACACAAGGAUAUACCGCCUCUGGUCCGAGGUGCCAUAUGGGCAGCUUUGCUUGGUAUCACCGGCGACAUACAUAAGCGUUACGACAUGAUUGAUAAGGAAACGCCAACGCACACUGAUCGGCAGAUAGAGGUGGAUAUACCGAGAUGCCAUCAGUACAGUGAGUUACUGUCGUCUGGUGCCGGACACGAACGACUGCAGAGACUGCUAAAGGCAUGGGUCAGAAAUAAUCCACAUUAUGUCUACUGGCAAGGGCUCGAUUCCCUGACAGCGCCGUUUCUUUAUCUGAAUUUUAAUAACGAAGCUCGGGCUUUCGCGUGUCUGUCGGCCUUCAUACCAAAGUAUCUCCACAAGUUCUUCCUGAAGGACAACUCGGCGGUGAUACAGGAGUAUCUGGGCAAGUUUUCCCAGAUCAUUGCAUUCCACGAUCCUCAACUAGCAAAUCAUUUGAAGUCCAUAAACUUUGUACCGGAACUCUUUGCCAUACCGUGGUUCCUAACAAUGUUUUCACAUGUAUUUCCGUUGCAUAAAAUAUUGCAUCUAUGGGAUAAGUUAUUGCUUGGAGACUCGUCGUUUCCUCUCUUGGUUGGAUUAGCGAUAUUGAAGCAACUAAGAGACUCCUUGCUAAUGUCGGGCUUCAACGAAUGUAUUCUUCUGUUCUCCGAUCUGCCCGAGAUUGACAUAGAAUUAUGCGUUAAGGAUUCCAUGACAAUGUAUCAAAAUACACCCGCUAGCAUUACCUACCGAAAACACCAAUACAAUACAGCGAAGGACGCAAAUUGGAUUGAGCCCGAAGCGGGAACCGAAAAUAUGCCAAGGAUAAGUGUAGACGACUUUUUAAGUCUCUACAACUCGCCGAGUAAAGUUAUAGUGGUUGACGUACGUAGCAAUAUACAAUUCGAGAGAGGUGCUGUUCUCGGCAGUAUUAACAUUCCAUUCACGAGUGUGCAAUUAUCUCAAACUCACAUCGAUACACUCAGGCCGCACGCAAAGCCGCUGAUAGAUAAUAAAAGCAACGCCGUUGUGAUUAUUGGACCGCAUGAUCAAAACAAUGCGUUGUUUGCAGAUUUUCUGGUGAAAUGUAAUGUCAUGGGAGUCUGUUCUCUGCAGGGCGGUAUUAACGCGUUGCGCUCCAAGUCCCCGAAUAUCAUAGUACCUGUACGCUAAUUGAAUUAUGUAACUGAAUCACUAUACGUAUAAUACUCAGACUUAUUCAUCGAUACAGUACAAUCGAUGCUGUAUAACUUGUAAAAUCUUGUACAAUUUUGUUAUAAAAGGUUUUCAAUGUA